GCCAUGUCCUGCUCUCUCUAGCUCGUGUUCUUCUCAAACUAACAUUUUCACUUUCCCAAAAAACCCCUCGAAAAAAAGGAAAAGACCUCAUUACCCUUCCCAAACGCUCUUGGCAGCCUCGUCCUCCCAAAUCGCUCUUUUCUCCAUCUUCCGAUUAUUAUAGAAAUCGCCGAUUCCUGUAGGAAAAAAAAAAAAGGAAAAUCCCCUAUCUUAUUCCCGCGUUUUCUCUUGCAACUCCUGCCGUCUGAUCAUGGUAGUCCGCCACCACCGUCCAGAUCCCAGGGGGUGGGUCCCGACCUUCCUCUCAUCCUACCGCACCAUCCUCACGGUUCUCUGGACCGCCGGAUUCGCCCUGAUCUACAUCUGGCAGACUGCCAUCGUCGGUGGUGGCCGCAGCGGGCUGCUGGCCUUCCAUAAGCGGGCCCCACCGAGGCCUUGCCCGCUGCUGCGGCCGGUUGCAUUCAACCUGACUGACUUUGGCGGGGUCGGUGAUGGGGUGACGCUGAACACUGCAGCAUUUGAGCGGGCCAUUGCUGCAAUCGCGAGGCUGGGGAGGAAGGGCGGCGGGCAGCUCAACGUGCAGGCCGGCGUCUACCUCACGGCGCCUUUCAAUCUGACCAGCCACAUGACACUGUUCCUCGCAGAGGAUGCUGUUAUACUCGGGAUCGAGGAUGAGAAGUACUGGCCGCUGAUGCCUCCAUUGCCGUCAUAUGGAUAUGGGAGGGAGCAUCCUGGCCCUCGAUAUGGGAGUCUCAUCCAUGGUCAAAAUCUAAAUGAUGUUGUUAUAACAGGAUACAACGGUACUAUAGAUGGACAAGGUCAAGCAUGGUGGAGAAAGCACCGGCAAAGAGUUCUAAAACACACUAGGGGCCCACUUGUGCAGAUCAUGUGGUCAAGCAAUAUCCACAUCUCCAACAUAACUCUGCGCAAUUCUCCUUUUUGGACGCUCCAUCCCUUUGACUGCAAGAACAUAAUGGUCUCACACGUUACCAUCUUGGCCCCGCUGAAUGAUGCUCCAAACACUGAUGGAAUAGAUCCCGAUUCAUGUGAGAACAUGGUGAUAGAGGACUGUUAUAUAAGUGUUGGGGAUGAUGGAAUUGCGAUAAAGAGUGGUUGGGAUCAGUAUGGAAUUGCUUAUGGCCGGCCGUCUUCUAACAUUCAUAUUCGGAAUCUUGUUGUUCAAUCUACGGUGAGUGCUGGGUUAUCGAUAGGCAGUGAAAUGUCUGGCGGUGUCUCGAACAUCACAGUGGAGAACCUCCUUGUGUGGGACUCAAAACGUGCAGUGCGGAUCAAAACUAGCCCUGGUAGAGGAGGCUACGUCCGGCAUAUCUCCUUCCGGAACCUGACUUUCAGCAAUACGCGUGUGGGAAUCAUCAUCAAGACCGACUACAAUGAACACCCUGACGAGGGAUAUGACCCCAAGAUUCUUCCGAUCCUUGAGGACAUAAGCUUCGAUGGGGUCCAUGGUAGUGGGGUCCGUGUGCCUGUCCGUAUCCACGGCAGUGAGGAGAUCCCCGUGAAGAACAUUAGCUUCCGUGGCAUGUUUGUUGGGAUAUCGUACAAGAAGAAGCACAUAUUCCAGUGCUCUCACGUUUAUGGGCGGGUGGUCGGGGGAAUUUUCCCGGCACCGUGUGACAAUCUUGACCGCUACGACGAGCAAGGACAGCUUGUUAAGCGAGGGACAUUGGCAAACACGACUGAUGUCGAUGACGAUGAUGCUUGAGAAUCACCAUCCUUCGAAAUUGUAUUUUUCACGGCUUAUGUUUUGGAGCAAUGACAUCAGGUUGCUUCUAUAUCAGAGGCUUUCAGGAGGUAUGGUGCCUUCCAAUUUGAAUUCCGGUGCGUCCACUCCCUCUUUUUUGUACAUAGAAAUUUUAUUCAAUCGAUUAUAUCUCAUGCAAUUGUAGAAUACACAUACAAUCGAGAUUUGGUUUUCUGC